GGGUCACCUGACGCCUCACAAACUCUGAGCAAAAUGGCGGCGCCCGUGAUGCGGCGCUGCCGGGUUUGGCUCGGGUCUGGGCAUCGCAGCGUCGGGAAUGUCGCCGAACUGCGCGGCUCGGAGGGUCCGGUGGCCGCUAGCGCGCUCUGCCGGAGUGCGAAAGAGGUGACAGAGAAGCAGAAACGGAAUGUUCCCUGGGCAGCAGUGGUAGGCCUGGAAAUUCAUGCACAGAUCUGCUCCAACUCAAAGCUUUUCUCCAGUUCACAAGUCCAGUUUGCAGCAGCACCUAACUCCUUAGUAUCUUUUUUUGAUGCUUCUUUACCUGGAACUCUACCUGUUCUCAACAGGAGAUGUGUAGAAGCCGCAGUGAUGACGGGCCUUGCGCUGAACUGCACCAUAAACAAGAAGUCCUUGUUUGACAGGAAACACUAUUUCUAUGCAGAUCUGCCUGCCGGCUAUCAGAUCACUCAGCAAAGGCUUCCCAUUGCUGUGAAUGGGAACUUGUCAUACAUUCUGCGCAUGGGGAAAAACCAGAAUGAAAUUGUAACCAGGAGUGUGAGGAUCAAGCAGGUACAGUUGGAGCAAGACAGUGGAAAGAGUCUUCAUGAUGAUUUAAGGAGCCAGACCCUUGUGGAUUUGAACAGGGCAGGAGUUGGCCUCAUGGAGGUUGUCAUGGAGCCCGACAUGUGCUGUGGGGAAGAGGCGGCUGCAGCAGUGAGAGAGCUUCAGCUUAUCCUGCAGGCUCUUGGGAGCAGCCAAGCAAACAUGGCAGAGGGUCAACUGAGAGUAGAUGCUAAUGUAUCCGUGCAUCACCCUGGAGAACAUCUUGGAGUGAGGACUGAAGUGAAGAAUAUCAACAGUGCCCGAUUUCUUGCCAAGGCCAUAGACUAUGAAAUACAAAGGCAAAUUGAAGAGCUGGAGAAUGGAGGAACUAUUUUGAAUGAAACCAGAGCCUUUGACUUUAAACUUGGGCGCACAAUAGCAAUGAGAGACAAAGAAGGAAAACAAGACUAUCGGUUUAUGCCGGAGCCGAACCUUCCUCCAUUGAUUCUUCGCGAUUCUAAAUCUUCGCCUGCUCACACAAGCGACCGGCAAGUGGUGAAUAUUGAUUGGCUUCGGGAGAGGCUUCCUGACCUCCCCAGUGCGAAGAGAGCAAAGCUUGUUGAAUGUUAUGGGAUUCAGCCUCAGCACAGUUUCACCUUAUUGAACGAAGAUGGAUUAGUAGAAUUUUUUGAAGCUGUGGUGAAUGCAACAAGAAUGGCUCCCAAAAAGGUCGUUGGCUGGAUUGUAAAAGAUAUUCUUGGCUAUUUAAAACAGUAUAACCUUGAAGUAAAGGAAAGUCCAGUUAGUCCUCUUCUUUUGGCCGAACUUCUGAACCUUCUGGAAAGCGGAACGAUUUCCUCCUCGGCAGCCAAGCAAGUGUUGGAAGUGAUGUGGAAGGGGGAAGGGAAGACUCCAUCUCUGAUUGUUAAAGAAGAGAAACUUGAACUGUUCCGGGAUCAGAAUGAGCUUGAGUGCAUCUGUCAGACUGUGAUGGGAGCCCAUCAGAAAGAGGUGGCAGAGAUAAAGAAGGGCAACAAAAAAAUACUGAAUAAGCUUAUUGGACAGGUUCAAAGAACAACAAGAGGAUGCUCAGACCCGGUCCUGGUGAAACAAAUACUAGAGAAGCUGCUAUCAUAGGAGCCUGCGGUGAAAAUUUCCUAUCUGAUAUUCGCUGCUGUUAUCAGAAUGGUAAUUACUUGAUACUUCUAUCUUUCACAAUCAAGCCAUUGUACUGACUUCAUUCACUGCUUGCUUACUGUAUCAAGUUAACUGCAGCCACUUUCUGCAGUUUUUCAGCUUUACUCAGGCCAUCAUCCUCUUACGUGACUGUCAAACUGGAACAUAAGGUAUGCAAAGAAAGAAUUCAAAUGGUAUAAUGUGCAAGUUUUCUGUAUGAAAGCUUCUGGUUUUGUAACAUAUAAUGAACUGUUUCUUCCAA